AUGGCAACUACCAUGAAAGCAGUGGUGAUCCACACCAAAGGCGGUCCCGAAGUCCUCAAAGUCGAGGAGCGGCCAAUUCCCAAACCCGACAAUGGCCAGGUUCUCAUCCGCGUCAAAGCGUUUGGCCUCAAUCGCUCCGAGAUGUUCACACGCCAGGGCCACUCGCCAGGCGUCGAUUUCCCUCGUAUCUUGGGCAUCGAGGCCACCGGUAUUGUUGAGCACGCACCUGGCGGCGAGUUUGAAAAGGGGCAGAUUGUCAUGACUGCUAUGGGCGGCAUGGGCCGUCAGUUUGACGGUGGAUACGCGCAGUACACUGUUGUGCCUACGAACCAAGUGCAAGUCAUUACGGCUCAGACUCAAUUAGGCUGGGAUGUGCUUGGGGCCAUGCCCGAAAUGAUACAAACUGCUUAUGGUGCAGUCACAAAGUCUUUAAAAGUACAGAAAGGUGACCGUUUCUUGGUACGAGGCGGAACUACGUCUGUUGGCCUUGCAGCAAUCGCGAUUGCCAAACAACUGGGAGCACAUGUGGCCGCCACAAGCCGGAAACCGGAGCGCGAGAAUCUUCUUCGCGAAUAUGGCAUAGACGAGUUCUUCGUGGACGACGGAGCCAUCGGAAAGCAAAUCAAAAACGAUAGCCAGAAAUUCAAUAAAAUUCUCGAGCUCGUUGGCACCACAACGUUGAAAGACUCUUUCCAAUGUGUAUCAAAGGGUGGUGUUGUCAGUCUUACGGGCAUUGUUGGGAACUCUUGGGAAAUUGACAAUUUCGCGCCGAUGGAGGUUAUUCCUUGGGGGAGCUCUCUCGCGACGUAUGGUGGAUGGAUUGAAGAGUUCAUGGAAACUCCCUUGAAUGAUAUUGUCCAGCAGGUGGAGGCUGGGAAGUUCAAGAUCAAAGUUGGCCGGGUGUUUCAUAUAGACCAGAUUGCUGAAGCUCAUCAGUGCAUGGAUGACAAUACUGCCGAAGGCAAAAUUGUGGUUCUUACCGACUGA